GACAGUUGACCGAGGAGCAGAGUCUGAGCACUAGACUGGGUAGUCACGUGUGAAUUGAAACAUAAUCCACAUAGAGGCGUAAUAACUUCCCCUCUCUGCAAAUGUCUGCCUCGGAUCUGAGAACAUAACCUAAGAAAGGUUUUAGGCUAGGACAUCUGAAGAAAUGUUAUGAAGAUUUUAUAUUCUUCAACAAUGUGGUAGAAAUUGCUCUAUGACCAUAAACACUAAAGUACAUUUUGGAAUUUUUAAAUCCUUGACACUGGAACACAAUCUCGUUAGUAUUUUUUGGAUAGUUUUUUGGUCACGAAAAUGUUUUCAAAUAAACGCUAUUCGAUGGGGAUUAUGCGUUCCGUGAUGUCUCUACUGUUCUGUGUCCAGGUCGGUCUGGCUUUCUCUGUGGCUGGACAGGAGAACACCUGUGAUGCGAACGGCAGCGUCUACUAUGUGGGAGAAUGGUACUUUCUAGACUCGGACCACUGCACGCAGUGUGAAUGCACCACAGAAGGGUCUUCUUGUGCAAGGACGGAAUGCACCUCUUUGCCCGCGGCUUGCAUCCAUGUCAGCCACUAUCCCACUGAUUGCUGCCCAAGAUGUGAGAAGAUAGGCUGCGAGUACCGGGGAGAGGUGUAUGAACUGGAACAACAUUUCCAGCCCAAUGAGUGCGAGCAGUGUACCUGUGACAGUGAUGGCAUCGCCCGCUGCCUGGUGGCAGACUGUGCCCCCCCGCCCUGCGUCAACCCUGUCUACACCAAUGGCAAGUGCUGCCCAGAGUGCCCAGAGGGGCCCAACUGCUAUGUGGAUUCGACCCGCAGCCAUGUGAUCCCAGGGGGGGAACCUGUAUGGGUGGACUCCUGCACAAAGUGUCGCUGUCAUGACUCAGGUGACGCUGGCUACUGGGAGGGCAACCGCUUGGCCACCUGUGCCCGCGUACGUAACUGCACCCCUGAAGAGGCUAGCCAGAAUAACUAAUGUAAAGUAGGACCAGUCAUUUGCCCCGGUGUAGGGUGAAGCUGCCCCUAGACACUGAUCUUGGGUCAGUUUAGCAUUUCCUCCCACUAAUGGUUAAGGUUAGGAUUGGGGGAGGAGAAACUGAUCCUAGAUCUGUACCAUGGGGAAACUUCACCCCAGAAUGAAUUAUCAGCAGGACUAGAAGAGGAAGAGACACUAACUGACAUGUACUGUAGCAUGUAGCACAAAUGUGGAUGUAUUUGUGUUCUCUUGUCUAAACCUAAACCUAUUCCAAAGGACUCGAGCUGUUAUCAAUGAAUGAACUUGUGAAGUGGCAGUUCACUUUCAAAUCAAAGUUUGACUUAAAAAGUGGUCUAAUGUCAAGAUGAGUUCACGUCCCACACAAUCUUCUAUCAAUACAUAAAAUAAUAAUAAUAAAUAAUAAAAUGUAUGCACGCAUGACUGUAAGUCGCUUUGGAUAAAA